GAUGGCUCGCUUUGGCGAGGCGAUGGCAGGCAGGCUGGGAUCCAGCGACGCAGCCCCCGAGCAGAACCGGGCCCGCCAGGGCGCCGCUGCCCCUUCGGGGGGAACCCCGGGAGCGUACAAGCAGACCAAAGCCCAGAGGGCCAGGACGAUGGCCCUGUACAACCCCAUCCCUGUCCGCCAGAACUGCUUCACAGUCAACAGAUCCCUCUUCAUCUUUGGGGAGGAUAACAUUGUCAGGAAAUACGCCAAGAAGCUGAUCGACUGGCCUCCUUUCGAAUACAUGAUUCUGGCAACCAUCAUUGCGAACUGCAUCGUUCUGGCCCUGGAGCAGCAUCUUCCCGAGGAUGACAAGACGCCCAUGUCGCGGAGACUAGAGAAGACAGAACCUUAUUUCAUUGGGAUUUUUUGCUUUGAAGCUGGCAUUAAAAUAGUUGCGUUGGGAUUCGUUUUCCACAAGGGUUCAUAUCUACGAAAUGGAUGGAAUGUCAUGGAUUUCAUUGUGGUCCUGAGUGGCAUUCUUGCGACGGCAGGGACUCAUUUCAACACCCAUGUGGACCUGCGGACGCUGCGGGCAGUCCGAGUGCUCCGACCCCUGAAACUCGUCUCAGGCAUUCCUAGUUUACAGAUUGUGCUGAAGUCCAUCAUGAAGGCGAUGGUGCCUCUCCUCCAGAUCGGCCUGCUGCUUUUCUUUGCCAUCUUGAUGUUCGCCAUCAUCGGCCUGGAGUUCUACAGUGGAAAGCUGCACCGGGCCUGCUAUGUGAACAAUUCGGGUGAAUUGCAAGAGCUGGACCCUCCUCACCCUUGUGGGGUGCAAGGAUGCCCUGCGGGAUACGAGUGCAGAGACUGGAUCGGUCCCAACGACGGGAUCACGCAGUUUGACAACAUCCUCUUUGCCGUGCUGACCGUCUUCCAGUGCAUCACCAUGGAAGGGUGGACGACAGUGCUAUACAACACCAACGAUGCCUUAGGAGCCACUUGGAACUGGCUGUACUUCAUCCCCCUCAUCAUCAUUGGAUCAUUCUUUGUCCUCAACCUUGUCCUGGGAGUACUUUCUGGGGAAUUUGCCAAAGAGAGAGAGCGAGUGGAAAAUCGCCGGGCCUUCAUGAAGCUGAGGCGACAGCAGCAGAUUGAGCGGGAGUUGAACGGCUACCGGGCUUGGAUAGACAAAGCAGAAGAAGUAAUGCUGGCCGAAGAGAACAAGAAUUCUGGCACAUCAGCCUUAGAAGUUCUCAGGAGGGCGACCAUCAAAAGGAGCCGCACGGAAGCCAUGAAUCGCGACUCCAGUGAUGAGCGUGUGGACAUCUCCUCCGUAGGUACUCCGCUUGCUCGUGCCAGCAUCAAGAGUGCUAAAUUGGACGGUGCGUCGUACUUCAGGCACAAGGAGCGGCUGCUGCGCAUCUCUGUGCGUCACAUGGUGAAAUCCCAGGUGUUCUAUUGGCUUGUCCUGAGCAUCGUGGCCCUCAAUACUGCCUGCGUGGCAAUUGUCCAUCACAACCAACCUCUGUGGCUCACGCACCUCCUUUACUAUGCAGAGUUCAUAUUUUUGGGACUCUUCCUCCUAGAGAUGUCCUUGAAGAUGUACGGAAUGGGGCCACGGCUUUACUUUCACUCCUCUUUCAACUGCUUUGACUGUGGGGUCACAGUGGGAAGCAUCUUUGAGGUAGUCUGGGCUAUCUUCAGACCAGGAACCUCAUUUGGAAUUAGUGUCCUGCGAGCCCUGCGACUUCUUAGAAUAUUUAAAAUCACAAAGUAUUGGGCUUCCUUGAGGAAUUUGGUGGUCUCACUGAUGAGUUCUAUGAAGUCUAUUAUCAGCCUGCUCUUCCUCCUUUUCCUCUUCAUUGUAGUCUUUGCCCUGCUUGGGAUGCAGCUGUUUGGUGGCAGAUUUAACUUUAUGGAUGGAACUCCUUCUGCAAACUUUGAUACUUUUCCUGCAGCCAUCAUGACAGUCUUCCAGAUCCUGACAGGCGAAGACUGGAACGAGGUGAUGUACAAUGGGAUUCGCUCCCAAGGCGGUGUCAGCUCAGGAAUGUGGUCGUCCAUCUACUUCAUCGUUCUCACUCUGUUUGGAAACUAUACCCUGCUUAACGUGUUUUUGGCCAUUGCCGUGGACAACCUCGCCAAUGCGCAGGAGCUGACAAAGGACGAGCAGGAGGAAGAAGAGGCUUUUAACCAGAAGCACGCGCUGCAGAAAGCCAAGGAAGUCAGCCCAAUGUCAGCUCCCAACAUGCCUGCUAUUGAAAGAGAGAGGAGGAGAAGACACCACAUGUCGAUGUGGGAACCACGCACCAGUAAUCUGAGGGAGAGGAGGAGGAGGCACCACAUGUCCGUCUGGGAGCAGCGGACCAGCCAGCUGCGCCGCCACAUGCAGAUGUCCAGCCAGGAAGGCCUCAACAAGGACCCCCCGCUGCUCAACCCGCACGCCAGCCUUUUCCGGAGGAGGAAGCCGCUGGAAAACAGCGGCCCGGAGAAGGGCGAGGAGGAGGCGGCGGGCAGGCCGGAGCGGGCCGCCGGGGACGGCCAGGAGCAGCAGCAGCAGCAGCCCCCAGGCCCCAAUGCGUGCCCCAGCCUCCGCGGGGAGCAGCGGAGCCCCUCGCCGCGCGCCAGGCGGGAGCAGUGGCAGCACAAGUCCUUCCACGGGAACUGCGGCCUGGGCGAGCAGGACGGCGGCGGGAGCACCGGCUUCGAGGAGCGGGCCCGGCUCCGGCAGAGCGUGAGGCGCAGCCGCCACCGCCGCGUGCGCACCGAGGCCAGGGAGCACCGGCCGGCCGGGCCGGAAGCGGGCGCAGAGGCGGUCAGCCCGGCGAAGGCGGAGUCGAACGGGGAGCAGAAGGAGAAGGAGGAGGAGAAGGAGGCCUUGAUUGAGAAGGAGCAGGUGGCGGGCGAGGAGCUGGGAAGAGACCAUGAAGCCCCAGCAAAUGGCACUGGGUUUGUUGCAGCCACCCAAGAACCGAGCCCCACCAAAGCCCACCUCGGACUGGACAAAGAGGUGGCUGCUAGCCCGCCGGAGCAGGACGGCAGCAGCCUGGACACAAGCGAGCAAGCACUGCUGGGCAACCUGCCGAGGGAGACAGGCAGGACCAUCAGCAGAAGCGAGCCUGAUCUCUCCUCCAUCUCAACCAAUGUGGACAAAGCCACAGAGAGCACCACCAUCAUGAUUGACGUCCAAGACUCCACUGUGGUACAGAUUAGCAACAAGACAGAUGGAGAGUCCAGCCCUCUGAAGGAGGCGGAGGCGAAAGAGGAAGCGGGCGCAGAGGCAGAGAAGAAAAAACGGAAAAAGGAGAAGAAGUCCGAGACCGGCAAACCGAUGGUUCCCCACAGCUCCAUGUUCAUCUUCAGCACCACGAACCCGAUCCGAAGGGCCUGCCAUUACAUCGUCAACCUGCGCUAUUUCGAAAUGUGCAUCCUUCUGGUAAUCGCGGCAAGCAGCAUCGCCUUAGCCGCGGAGGACCCCGUCCUGACCAAUUCGGAAAGGAACAAAGUCCUGCGGUAUUUUGACUAUGUGUUCACCGGAGUGUUCACCUUUGAGAUGGUAAUUAAGAUGAUCGAUCAGGGAUUGAUACUGCAAGAUGGCUCCUAUUUCCGGGAUCUCUGGAACAUCUUGGAUUUCAUCGUGGUGGUUGGAGCGCUGAUGGCCUUCGCCUUGGCGAAUACUUUGGGGACCAAUAAAGGUCGGGACAUUAAAACGAUCAAGUCUCUCCGCGUUCUACGAGUCCUGAGGCCUUUGAAGACCAUCAAGCGCUUGCCCAAACUCAAGGCAGUCUUCGACUGUGUGGUGACGUCUCUGAAGAACGUCUUCAACAUACUCAUCGUGUACAAGCUCUUCAUGUUCAUCUUUGCCGUCAUCGCGGUUCAGCUCUUCAAGGGCAAGUUCUUCUAUUGCACAGACAGCUCCAAGGAUACAGAGAAGGACUGCAUAGGAAACUACGUGGACCACGAGAAAAAUAAGAUGGAAGUAAAAUGCCGAGAAUGGAAGCGCCACGAAUUUCACUACGACAAUAUCAUUUGGGCUUUGCUUACGCUCUUCACUGUCUCCACCGGAGAAGGUUGGCCACAGGUCCUGCAGCACUCGGUGGAUGUGACCGAGGAGGACCGCGGCCCCAGCCGAAGCAACCGCAUGGAGAUGUCCAUUUUCUACGUGGUGUAUUUUGUGGUCUUCCCUUUCUUCUUCGUGAACAUCUUUGUGGCUCUCAUCAUCAUCACUUUCCAGGAGCAGGGGGACAAAAUGAUGGAGGAGUGCAGCCUUGAGAAGAACGAGAGAGCCUGCAUCGACUUCGCCAUCAGUGCCAAGCCCCUCACCCGCUACAUGCCUCAAAACCGACACACCUUCCAGUACCGGGUCUGGCACUUCGUGGUGUCCCCCUCCUUUGAGUAUACCAUCAUGGCCAUGAUCGCGCUUAAUACCGUGGUCUUAAUGAUGAAGUAUUAUUCUGCUCCUUACACGUAUGAACUGGCUCUGAAGUACCUAAACAUUGCUUUUACGAUGGUUUUCUCACUGGAAUGUGUCCUGAAAAUUAUAGCUUUUGGUUUCCUGAACUAUUUCCGCGACACAUGGAACAUCUUUGAUUUCAUCACUGUGAUUGGCAGCAUUACAGAAAUUAUCUUGACGGAUAGCAAGUUGGUAAAUACCAGCAGCUUCAACAUGAGUUUUCUGAAGCUAUUCCGGGCUGCCCGUCUCAUCAAACUGCUUCGCCAGGGUUAUACCAUUCGAAUUCUGUUGUGGACGUUUGUGCAGUCAUUCAAGGCCCUGCCAUAUGUCUGUCUCCUCAUUGCGAUGCUGUUCUUCAUUUAUGCAAUAAUCGGGAUGCAGGUUUUUGGGAAUAUCAGAUUAGAAGAGGACAGCCACAUUAACCGCCACAACAAUUUCCGCAGUUUUCUAGGUUCACUCAUGCUUCUUUUCAGGAGUGCCACAGGGGAGGCAUGGCAGGAGAUCAUGCUCUCGUGUCUGGAAGGCAAAGGAUGCGAGCGAGACACCACCGCCACAUCUGGGCAAAACGUGAACGAGCGCUGUGGCACGGAUCUGGCGUACGUUUACUUUGUCUCCUUCAUCUUCUUCUGCUCCUUCUUGAUGCUGAACCUCUUUGUGGCCGUCAUCAUGGACAAUUUCGAAUACCUGACUCGAGAUUCCUCCAUCCUGGGACCGCAUCACCUUGAUGAAUUUGUACGGAUUUGGGCAGAAUAUGACCGAGCUGCCUGUGGCCGCAUCCAUUACACUGAGAUGUAUGAAAUGCUGACCCUCAUGUCCCCACCACUAGGCCUCGGGAAGAGAUGUCCCUCCAAAGUUGCAUAUAAGAGAUUGGUCCUGAUGAAUAUGCCUGUUGCUGAGGACAACACGGUCCAUUUCACUUCCACCUUGAUGGCUCUCAUCCGAACAGCCUUGGAUAUCAAGAUCGCAAAAGGUGGGGCGGACUGGCAGCAGCUGGACUCUGAGCUCCAGAAGGAGAUUCUGACCAUCUGGCCUCACCUUUCACAGAAGAUGCUAGAUCUGUUGGUGCCCAUGCCAAAAACGACAGACCUGACAGUUGGAAAAAUCUACGCAGCCAUGAUGAUAAUGGACUAUUAUAAGCAGAGUAAAGCUAAGAAGCAAAGGCAGCAGCUGGAAGAACAGAAAAAUGCCCCCAUGUUCCAGCGCAUGGAGCCUUCCUCUCUUCCUCAGGAGAUCAUUUCCAAUGCCAAAGCUUUGCCUUACCUCCAGCAAGACACACUCUCUGGACUGAGCAGCAGAAGUGGAUUCCCCUCCCUGAGUCCACUCUCUCCUCAAGAGAUAUUCCAGCUGGCUUGUAUGGAUCCAACCCAUGGGGAAUACCAAGAACAGCAGUCUUUGGAGCCAGAGGUUAGAGAGUUUAAAAGAGUGCAGCCCUCUUACUGUAGCAGCUACCUCCCGGUGGAUACUCAGGAACGAACUGUGUCUGGGAGGGCCUCCUCCAUGCCACGCCUGACCGUGGAUCCCCAGGUGGUCACCGAUCCAGCCUCCAUGAGACGUUCCUUUUCUACGAUCCGAGACAAGCGGACAAACGCCUCCUGGUUGGAUGAGUUCUCCAUGGAAAGGAGCAGUGAAAAUACCUACAAGUCCCGUCGGCGAAGCUACCACUCAGCCUUGCACCUGUCCUCACGGCGCCUCAACACAGACUCAGGCCAUCGAUCGGACACGCAUCGGUCAGGAGGCCGAGAGCGAGGUCGCUCCAAGGAACGCAAGCACCUGCUCUCUCCAGACAUUUCCCGCUGCAACUCAGAGGAGAGGAGUCCGCCGGCAGAUGGUGACUCUCCGGAGCGACGUCCAUCAAGGUCUCCCAGCGAAGGCAGAUCACAAACCCCCAACAGACAGGGCACGGGCUCCCUGAGCGAGAGCUCCAUCGCCUCCAUCUCCGACACCAGCACGCCGAAGCGCGGCCGCCGCCAGCUGCCCCCGGUGCCGCCCAAGCCGCGGCCCCUCGUCUCCUACGCUGCGAUGCUGCAGCACCGCGGCACACCCUCGCCGCCCCCGGACGACAGCGAGGGCGGCUCGCCCCUGCUCUCCGGCGCCCUGGAGACGAACCACGCCUGCUUGACUGAGUCUUCCAGCCCCCCGCAGGGCAAGCCGGGCCUCCUCGCCACCCCGCAGCGCUACAUCUCCGAGCCGUACCUGAUGCUGCAGGACGACUCGCACGCCUCGGACUGCGGCGAGGAGGAGACGCUCACCUUCGAGGCUGCCGUGGCCACCAGCCUCGGGCGCGCCAACACCAUCGCCUCCGGCCCGCGCUCGCGGCACAGCUGGCAGAUGCCCAACGGGCACUACCGGCGGCGGAGGCGGGGGGCGGCGCAGGGGGUGGUGUGCGGGGCCGGCAUCGACGUGCUCAGCGACACGGAGGAAGAUGACCGCUGCUAG